GGCAAUUUGACUUCUUAUAGGGCUUGUCAGCCGAGUACCAACCCUAUAUUACUUUGGAUGGCCUCUGAUGGAGUGUGAGCAUAAAAUAUUAUAGAAAGCAGAUGGCCUUUCAGAUCCUAGAAGCAGAAGAAACUGGCUGGUGUGGGAAACUAAGACAAUAGAUAGAAGGCCAGGAAGAUGCCGUACAUGGAGAGUCCCGGAUGCAAGCACAUUAUUUGGCUGUGUGACAUUCGGCGAGUGACUUAACUCUGUGCCUCAGUUGCAUAUGUAUAAAAUGAGGCACUUCUGAUGCUGAGAUGUUGUGAGGAUUAAGUAUCUGACAAGGCAAAAUGCUUGGCCUAGUGCCAGGCACCUAGAACGUGCUCAACAUCAUCAUUCGUCUACCUUGCUCAGAAUUAGACUUUGAGAAAACUCAGAAACUCUUCAGUGCUCUGUGAGAAACCUUUGGACCUGCCUGAUAGCUGUGCACCACCACGACUUGCUCUCGAGGAAAAGAUUCUCCAAACUGGUCUUUGCUUGGGCUCUCGACCUUGUCCACGAUGGCAGCUGCCUGCUGGGACCCACCACCCAGUGUCAUUGUGGAUUCCGCAGAUGUGGUGGCUUCCAAGCCAUCAGUAUAUCCUAAACACAACAUAGUGGAGACAUAAUUCCUUGGAGGCUGAUGGACUUGGGAUUCUGAGCAGAGCACUGGCUCUGACUCUGAGGUGCUCACUGAGCGGACCUCCUGCUCGUUUGACACCCACACUGACCUGGGUCCGGGUGCUGCGGGCCCCGUGCCUGCCACCAUGUCAUCCAUGGAGGAGAUCCAGGUGGAGCUGCAGUGCGCUGACCUCUGGAAGAGGUUCCAUGACAUUGGAACUGAAAUGAUCAUCACCAAAGCAGGCAGGAGGAUGUUUCCUGCCAUGAGAGUGAAAAUCACUGGCUUGGACCCUCACCAGCAGUACUACAUAGCAAUGGACAUUGUGCCUGUGGACAAUAAAAGAUACAGAUAUGUGUAUCACAGCUCCAAGUGGAUGGUGGCUGGCAAUGCCGACUCCCCGGUGCCCCCGAGAGUCUAUAUACACCCCGAUUCUCUAGCUUCUGGAGACACUUGGAUGAGACAGGUGGUCAGUUUCGACAAACUCAAGCUGACCAACAACGAAUUGGAUGAUCAAGGGCAUAUCAUCCUGCACUCAAUGCACAAAUACCAGCCUCGCGUUCACGUGAUUCGCAAGGAUUUCAGCAGUGACCUUUCACCCACCAAGCCUGUCCCUGUGGGGGAUGGGGUGAAGACGUUCAACUUUCCUGAGACGGUGUUCACCACAGUCACAGCCUAUCAGAACCAGCAGAUCACCAGAUUAAAAAUAGACCGGAACCCUUUUGCUAAAGGAUUCAGAGAUUCUGGAAGAAACAGGACUGGCCUGGAAGCAAUCAUGGAGACAUACGCCUUCUGGAGACCCCCUGUGCGCACCCUCACCUUUGAGGACUUCACCACCAUGCAGAAACAGCAAGGGGGCAGCACCGGCACUUCCCCAACCACCUCCAGCACCGGGACACCAUCGCCUUCGGCUUCUUCUCACCUUCUCUCUCCGUCCUGUUCUCCCCCAACCUUUCAUCUGGCCCCCAACACUUUCAACGUGGGCUGCCGGGAGAGCCAGCUGUGCAACCUGAACCUCUCUGAUUAUCCACCCUGUGCCCGAAGCAACAUGGCCGCGCUGCAGAGCUACCCGGGGCUGAGUGACAGUGGCUACAACAGGCUCCAGAGUGGCGCUGCGACGGCCACUCAGCCCUCCGAAACCUUCAUGCCUCAGAGGACUCCAUCCCUGAUCUCAGGAAUACCGACGCCACCCUCCCUGCCCAGCAACAGCAAGAUGGAAGCCUAUGGUGGCCAGCUGGGGUCCUUCCCCACCUCGCAGUUCCAGUACGUCAUGCAGGCGGGCAACGCGGCCUCCAGCUCCUCCUCGCCACACAUGUUCGGGGGCGGCCACAUGCAGCAGAGCUCCUACAACGCCUUCUCUCUCCACAACCCUUACAACCUGUACGGAUACAAUUUCCCCGCGUCUCCCCGGCUAGCUGCUAGCCCGGAAAAACUGAGCGCCUCUCAAAGCACUUUACUCUGCUCUUCUCCUUCCAACGGGGCCUUCGGAGAGAGGCAGUACCUGCCCACGGGCAUGGAGCACGGCAUGCACAUGAUCAGCCCGUCGCCCAACAACCAGCAGGCCGCCAACGCCUGCGACGGCCGGCAGUACGGCGCCGUGCCAGGCUCCUCGCCCCAGAUGUCCGUGCACAUGGUGUAGCGGCCCGGCCGCCACGGAGCCCUGCAGCCGAGGGCCGAGGCUCCACGGACAGACCCCCCGAAAGCCCAACACCUUUGAAAAACAGGAACUGUGUCUCGUUCCUUUCAUGUCUGGAGGAGAAAACCAUGCACCCAACGACAAGAGACUCUGAGCCACUGGAGGAUGCUUGGGGCGCAUCAUCUCCCACUCGUGGCCGUGCGCCCGCCCCCUCGGACCCGAGUUCUCCAGAUCAGCAUCUGCUCCAGCGUGGCCUUCGAAGAGACUGAAUACUCCUUUUAUAACCAUGUUAAGGGAGAUGCUAGCGUGCAGCAGCCAGGAAGAGUUACCCCCACACGAACAUACGUGGAUACACGUGUGCACACGUUCACACUCACACGCACAGACACACAUGCAUGCCGGCGGGAGACUGGGCGAGCUCCGUGCGGGGAGGCCCGGAGUGGGCGCUUUCACGGGAGUCUGUGUGCGACACAGGAUGGACUAGCCGGCAGCAGCUGCCGGCCUUCUCCCCUGCAGCUUCCCCUGUUUCUGGAAUGGACCGUGUCCCGGAGCCCCUCCCCGGCACUAGGACGGGAAGACAUCAGCGCUGCGCCUGACUUGCUGUCCUGGAAAAGAUUGCGUUGGAAUUUUGGGGUUUUUCCCUCAGUAGCAUCACCGGUGUUCCCAGUGCACCUGUGCGCAGACAGAGUAAGCAGCCGUAGGAGAGUGAGAGCAAGGGAGAGAGACAGACAGUGGGGCAGAGAGAGAGAGAGAGAGAGAGAGAGAGAUAGCAAGACUGAGAAAGUGUGAGCAAUGAUGAGAGUUGAACGCACCAAGGAAAUUUGGUGUGGGUGGCCCACGCCCCCCAACAGGUCCUAGAAAGAAUCGUGGUGUCACUGAGAAGUGAGUCUCUCUGGGGCACCGUGCCAGGUCAGGGCACCGCCGGGAAGGCCUGCGAUGAGGAAUUCCCAGAACCCUCCCUCUGCCCGCGGGAUCCAGAAGCGAGCUUCCCUCGCAGGCAGUGUGCAGCCUGGCAGGGCAAAGGGAAUACAAGUGUGAGAAGGAGGAUUUUGUACCCCAGCAGAUGAUGCCAAGAGCAGAGGUGGC